AUGGCCGACGACUUGGAGACCCAGCGCGGCGAGCCGGUCCACGACAAGCAGGCGACUGAGAGCUCCGCCACCGCUGAGCAGCCCCCGGCGGCCGGCCGAAAUGCGAAGAGCAUUCUCCGCACCGUCUUGACGGCCGGGCGGGUCGAGGAGGGCGGAAUCCAGCCGAUCCCGAUCGAGGCCCGGACCGCGACCAAGUACUUCAACGCCUUUACCAUUUGGUGCUCUAUCAAUACCAACAUCCUGGCAAUCACCUUCGGCAUGCUGGGUCCGGUCUCCUUCGGCCUCAGCCUACGAGACUCGGCCCUGGUCAUUUUGUUCUUCAACCUGCUCUCGACACUUGCACCGGCCUUCUUGUCGACUUUGGGUCCCAAGACUGGUAUGCGCCAGAUGAUCCAGGCUCGCUUCAGCUUUGGGUACUACAUCGUCUCAAUUCCCGUGAUUCUCAACUUGGCUACUCUUACCGGAUUUUGCGUCAUCAUCUGCGUUAUCGGCGGCCAAUGCCUUUCCGCAGUCUCAGAAGGAGAUCUCUCGACCGCUGUCGGAAUCGUUCUCAUCGGAGUGGCGGCGCUGCUGAUCUCCUUCUGCGGAUUCAACGUUCUUCACUUCUACGAAGGCUAUGCUUGGAUGCCUGCACUCGUCGCCAUCAUUAUUGCUGUUGGAUGUGGUGGUAACCAGCUCAAGGACCAGGCCGUCACGGAGCCUGCGACAGCAUCUCAGGUCCUUAGCUUUGGGGGCGUCAUUGCUUCAUACAUGAUUCCCUGGGCUUGCAUCGCAUCCGACUUGACGACCUACUUCGACCCGACCCCGCGUCUUGCAUCUUACCGCAUCUUCGCAUACAGCUUUCUCGGCCUCGUCGUUCCUACCAUUCUGCUCAUGACCUUGGGAGCAGCCAUCGGCGGCGCGAUGGGCAACAUCCCCGAGUGGCAGGCUGGCUUCGACAACACCCUCGUCGGCGGUGUCCUCGGAGCGAUGCUGGCUCCUGCCGGGGGCUUCGGCAAGUUCAUCCUCGUCCUGCUGGCCUUCACCCUCCUCGCCAACAUCUCCGGAACGAUGUACGCCAUCACUCUCAACUUCCAGACCUUGAUCCCCACCUUCAGGAUCCCGCGCUACAUCUUCUCCAUCGUGGUCACGGCUAUCAUCAUUCCGAUCGCCGUCAAGGCGGCCCACGACUUCUUCCUCAGCCUCGAGAACUUCAUCGCGCUCAUCGGCUACUGGUCUGCGUCUUUCGUUGGGAUUGUUGUGACUGAGCACUUCGUGUUUCGUCGUGCGAACCCGAAGGCGUACGACGUGGAGAUCUGGGACACCCCUUCGAAGCUACCGUGGGGCGUUGCAGCCAUCGGUGCUGCUGUGUUGAGCUUUGGACUUGUUGUUCCAUGCAUCUCGCAAGUUUGGUUCACGGGUCCUAUUGCGGUCAGCACUGGUGAUAUUGGGUUCGAAAUCGCUUUCUUCUUGAGUGCUCUCCUGUACGUGCCAUUGCGGUACGCUGAGAGGCAUUUCAUCGGCCGUUGA